AUGGCAUCACUGGCAGAUUCAGCGUAUUUAGAAGGAGGAAGUCUAUACUAUUCUGAUUUACCGAUACGAUCAGAGUUACAGAGAGAGAAAUAUAGACAUUGGGGAAGAAGAAUAUUAUUUUAUAUACAUUUAGCUUAUUUUGUAACUGCUACCGUUAUGUUUCCAUUUUUAAUAACAAAUUUAACAUUUUGGUUUUGGUUAAUACAUACGUUAUGGUUUGAAUUGGAUGUAACUACAAACAAGAAUAAUAUAUUUAUUCAACUUUUACAUGCUGUCAGUUUUGUUGGAUCUUAUAUAGUGAUGAUUACGGCCACCAUUCUAUUGGUCAUUCUCAAUCCCGAUUUCAUAUCACAGCGUGCCGAGAUGGAGAACCACUCGGUGGCAUUUGCAUGGUUGCUCAAUGUAUGGAUUCAUUACAUUCCUCCCAUUCUAUUGACACUUGAUUUGUUCCUACACAAGGAACAUAUCCGUAAACGUCAUCGUAUCACAUUCAACAGAAACAGUCCUUCGAAAAAGGUUAUUCUCAAAGACACACUCAAGGUGAUUUGGGCCAUCAUCGCACCAAUGGGAGUAUGUGCUGCAUGGAUGCUUGCAGGAUACACUCCCGAAAAUGUUUAUCAUGUCACCAAUUAUAGUUACACCUAUUUAAUUCCAAUCAUGUGUGCCACCGAUGUCAUUUUUGCUGUUAUCUUUUUAUUCAUUGUAAAGAAAAGAAAAGAUACCUAUAUUAGAUUAAAUUAA